CAGCCCGUCUCAGACAGAAUUAGAGGAGGCUUUCCUAAAUGCUGCUCUGAGGGGGAUGCAAAGACACAUGAAUAUUUUGAUUUUAUCUUCUGAAAAUGAGGCGAAAAGCAUAUAAACGGGUCAUCACAGAUAGCCAACUCCUAUCUGCCUCCCCAGGCAAGACUUAGAGCUUUGACUGUUGGUUUGUGGUUAGAGUUCAAACUUGGCUUCAACAUUCAGGCGACCAGCAUCAGCAGCAGCCGAGGCAUCAACUAUACACACAUGACAGCCGAGGCAGAGAGAAAAAUAUGAAAAAGAUAUAUAUUGGCAAAACUGCCCUGAAAACACAGAGAAAUGGUUGCAAACAUCAGAAAAGAAGCUCUUUCCACGACCACAAGGACGACCUCCGUAAGCGGCUGUCGUACACCACCCACAAACUAGAGAUGGUGGAGACGGAGUUCGACUCCACUCGGCAGUACCUCGAGACAGAGCUUCGUCGGGCCCAGGAGGAACUAGAGAAAUUUACAGAGAAACUACGCAGGAUCCAGAGCAGCUAUGCAGCUCUUCAGAGGAUCAACCAGGAUUUGGAGGACAAGAUGCACAGAACGUCCCAGCACCAUGAAGAGGAAAAGAGAGCCCUCAGCAGGGAAAUCAUCCUCCUCAACAACCACCUCAUGGAGGCGAAGAUCACCAUCAAUAAACUCAGAGAGGACAACGAUCUGUACAGGAAAGACUGCAACCUGGCCGCCCAGCUGCUGCAGUGCUCCAAGUCUCACUACCGAGCACACAAAAUGUCUGAGCUGCCACUGGAUCUGCAGGAACGCAUCAGUUCCCACAUGGAGAAACAUAAUCGAGGCAGUGGAGCAACCAUUGCAAUGUUCUCCUCCAAUUACUCUGAUGCUGUGCCCACAUCUCUGAUUGCCAAGGUCCUGGAAAAGCCCGAACCAGGCAGCAGUUGCCCGGUAACACGCUCACCCAGCCCGCAGCCACAGGACGGAGACUUUCUGACAGCAACAGGAAGCACUGAACACCUGAACCGCCGCAUUUCCUAUAAAACAUCUGACCUGUACUGUAGCGAUACGGCUCUCUACUGCCCUGAGCGAUGGCAAAAUGCCGAGCGCAGGCAGAGCGUUGACCUCCAUGGCACCGCGCUGUUCCAGCUUCACGCUCAGAACUCCACGGACAGCAACCCGGAUGAAGAGGCCUACCACUCUGGAACUUUCUCCCACCAUGAGCCCCAAUCCCCCUUCGACCAACCAGACGACUUCGGCACUGGCAGCCUCCCGGCCUCCAGCUCCUACUCCAGCUUCAGCCUGGCAUCAGACGAGAAGGGAGGAGUUAGUGGUGGUUGUGAGCGCAACACCAGCAGCACCUUGUCCUCUUCCCACCAGGGUCUCUAUAUGGACUGGCGAAAUGGUGGCAGUGGGGACUAUGAGCGCAAAAGCAUGUCCUGUUAUGAUAAAGACAGCCUAAGCUUCCCCAAGUCCCUCAGCAUCCAGCACAUGGUGAUCCCCAAGAGCCCGCAGAAGGGCACCUCACCAGCGUACAGCAGGACGGCGUCAUGCUUCAGUGAACCGUACCACUCCAGCGCCCCUCGUCUGGCCUCCUCUCACAGCAUGGGGUCCACAACUGGAUUGGGCCAGGCUCGUGGAGGAGCUCUGGACAACCAAGCUGACAUCCAGGUCCCCGAUGAAGACCUGAGCAGCCGCUGGAGGCAGCUCAGCGUAGAGGACAUCAACACGUUCUCCUCUUCCUACCCUAACGUCGCAGGGCGGGCCUCUCCCUUCAGUUUCUCUGAGCGCCACUUCGCCAUGGCCCCCUCCAGUAAGGUCAAGGGGUCUCUCUAUAGCAGCUUCCAAGAAGGAGACGAUGUCUUCCACAGUCGCGUGAUAGACCAGUGUUUCACUGUGGCCCCACUUUCACCCAGCCGCAGCCCAAAACCCAUGGAGCAUCGUAAGCAGGAGAAAACCUCGGUGCUCUACAGAACCAAGGAGGACAGUCAAGACUCCGAGUGCAGUUUGUUCCUCUCAGGGAGCUCUAAGGAGAAGGAGAGCGGUGGGGGAGCAAAGGCGGCAAGCAGCGCCAAGAAGGACUACGUAAACCUGAGCGCAGACAGCUCAGCAGAGUCCCUACACCACAGUUCCCUUGAAGCCUCCAGUCUUCAGCACUACCCCUCCCCCCGGCCAAGCGUCCGGCCUCGUCCCAGCUCCAGCUCCGCCCUCAGCAUUGGCCCUGCACUCCCAAAGAAGACCUCUCCAAGAUACCAAAAAUUUGGCAGCACGGGACUGACGAGGAAGGACAGUUUGACCAAGGCCCAGCUGUACGGUACGCUGCUGAACUGAGAGGGGGGAGAUUUUCAUUUUAUGCAUGAUGAUGAGGAUGAGGAUGAGGAUGAGGAUGAGGAUGAGGAUGAGGAUGAGGAUGAUUCCUCACUUACUGUACUGUACGUCUCACAAGUUCCCUGCAGCAAACACAUGCUGGUUGUGAUGGGGAAUUAGGUUGUUGUUGUUUUAUGUAACUCUUAGCCAAGGCACGUUUCAUUCAGUCUGCUACACUUUUUCUAUCGUAUGUGAUUAUAGCCACCUGAAACCAGCUUUUCUCUGUUUCAUGACAACAACGAUAAUUAGAGCCACCGGGAAUUUCUGCAACACCGCACCGGCGACAUCAACGUACUGUGCUUUUUAUUUUUUGUGUUUGGUACUGUUAGUAAAACCAGCAACCAAUUAAAUGCUGCUCUAAUAUAUACAGUAUAGAUAAUGGACUAAUGUGUGUGCAAUGGGGUGACUUAAUUACACAUGUUUUGGAAAAGGAAGGUUAUCCAUUAUGGAUUGUGGACCCUGCUGACUUUAGGCUGUUAAAAAAUCUCACUCUCUAUUUUAAACAAAAUGCAUGCUGUAUUAUGCAUAUAAAUCAGAUUAAAAAACUCAUUUCUUGCUUAAUUUUUCUCAUGGAUUAUCUACAAACAAUCAGUGGUAAGGAGGAUGUAUUACUAUUUCCAAAUUGGCUAAACAAGCGACAUUGGAAAAAUGAAAGAAAAGUAUUUUAUGCAAAAGCUAUUUAAUAUUUAUAGAAAGACACUCAAUUUAGACUGCAGGAAAUUCUUGACGCACAAUGUUUCACUUGUUUAUUUGGAAACUUACCAUAAAAUAGCCCAAGUAUAAAUAUUAUAAGUACAAUACUUUGCCAGGUGAACAUCAAGCCGAACUGUGAGAUUUUCAGCUUAAUUUUUCUUAUUUUUGUAUAAAAAUUAGGCUCCAGAGUAGUUACCCUCCUACCAGUACACUUGUGAAAUUGCCUUAAUCCUGUUCAGUGGACAGAACGGUCUCCUUUACAAUAACUGUGUACAUACUGUAUUAUCUGCUGUAUUGUUGAUGUACGUAUACUCUACUGUUACAGCGUCUGUUCUUCCCAUCAUAACACACUAAAGGUCUGUUUUUCUUGGAAAAGGAUCAAGUCCGUCAUUAGAUCAAAGAUAAUUGUUCACUGGAGCUAUCCAUUGAUAUUUGUUUUUAGUCUCAACAAUUAGGCUUAAACCUUUUCUGAAAAUCAACUCCGGAAACUCUUAAAGGUCACCUAUUAUGCAAAAAUCGACUUUUACAUGUCUUUUAUACAUACAGAUGUUCCACCUCUGUGUUAAGAGAUUUGAAAAGUUUAUGGAAAAAAGAUUUUGUCUCUUUUUAAAUUAGAGACAUAAUCUUUAUUAUGUCUCGCAUUCAAAGCUACACACGCAGAAUCUGCACUUUUAAAACAGGGCUGAAACAGAGGGGUUCAUGGCAUGCUACAAUGAUGAUCUGUUUGGUAUUUCGAGCCAAACACUUCAUAGACAAGUAUUGUAUGAAUCUGAGACCUAUAAUAUAUUGUUGAAAAAGAGUAUAAUAGGGGACCUUUAAACACACAUUUAGCACUAGUUGCACAAACCAAAAGUCUUCUUGUUUACAGGACGGAUUAACUGAAAUAUUCCCUAGGCAUGUUCGCAAAAAGGUUCACAGAAAGUAAUAAGAAAGGAAUAAUUGAAGACAGAAAUGUACAGUCACUGUGUUUGUUUUAAACCAGCAUGCUCAAUUAGGCUAUUUUAGAGAAAAACACUGUGAAAAUAUACAGAGUGUAUAGAAAGUUGCAAGGCCUGUUGGUGAAUUUAAAAGAUGUAUAAGACCCUGCCUUGUGUAAAAUAAAGAGUUGCAGUGAGGUUGACUUGCUGCUCAACAAUCAUGCUCCCAUCUGUGUCGCCAUAGAUGGAAAAAAUGACAAUGUUCCAACAUCUGUGCGCCCUGUGGCAUGUUACAUCUUCAAGGUUUUCCUCCUGCCUGCGUAGCUCUAUAUAUUUGAGAGGAAUGGCGACAGGGAUAAGCUAAAUAUUGAGAACCUAGCUUUGCCCUGCAGUAGUCACGUAUAGAUUCUUCUGGAAAGCCAUGCCUCUUUUAUUCCCAUACCUGCAGAUCUGGGAACUGGCUUAGUGCUGUUCUUUUUUAAGAUUGAAAAACUGCAUCUCUUCAUUUCGACUUUGGCAUGUUAUGAAGGUGAAACCGUGCCACAUAGGGAGGUUUUUAAUUUCAUGUAACCAAUGUACAUUGGGAUUGAGAGGAUAUAUGGUAUUUUUGUUGUGAUGUAUAAAAAGAGAUAUAGAUACUACAUACACAAUUGUUAUUACACUACGACUAUUUUUUAUCCAGUUUCAGUUGAUGUUAUAUUUAUUGAAUGUUUUGACCCUGAAUGAAGAGGCUGCCUGUUCUACCUCCAGCCUUGUUCCAGGAACAACAGGCUGGCUGUCUAAAUGUCCACAUAUGUGUCUGUCUGAUGCAUGGUUAUAUAUUUUUGCUGUACGUUUAUUUACAUAAUAAAA